UUCACUUCGUCCAAAGAGAGGAAGGCAGAAAUGACUUCCCAGAGGAACGAACAAGAGAACUUGCGGACUUCGAUUUUCUCGAUCGAAUUAUCUAAAGGUCCGCGCUCUCCUCCUAUGAGAAAAGGAACAGCCUUCACAGUGAAACUGGAUGGAUCAUUUUCAACCUAUUUGAUGACUAGUUGCUCAGUGGUUGAACGAAGUGGAGCAACUUCCUCAAGCAGGCUAACUUGUAAGCGAUUUGGUCAGUCUCUUCCGGAGGAGAAACAUCCUAUAAACCCAGAUUCAGCAGAAUCUAUAAAAAUGGAAGAAUUCUGCUUUAUUCCUUACGAAUCGCCUUCGAACUUAAAAUUAAUCAGCGCCGAUAAGCUGUGCAAAGAGGGAGAAAUGAUGACGCGGAAGUCUACUUGCAAAUCAUUUACAUUCUUAGGAAAUUCCUUCACCAUCAUGACUUGGGAAUUCAAAAAUGAUGAAGAGACUUAUGUUUUAACCGGAAUUGAUUCUGAUGUGGAGCUUGUUGCGAGUUCUUGCAGGGGAUCGCCUGUAGUUUCCAUCGACGAUCUACGGACGGUUAUUGGAGUGGUGACCUGCUCGUCAAACGGAGACCUUGAAUUGCUCUUCCUCGAAGCAAACUCUCUACGUGAAAUAGAAGGACAACUUAAAGCCAGAUGUUCAGAUGACAGGGGAAUUGAUGUUACAGACUCUCCCUUAAUUGUACGUGGUCCACCAUCAUCUGCGUCUGCCCGUCAUCAACAAAAUACACAUCCAGAAGAUACUGGAACUAAUGCCCAAACAUCAUCUGAAGGUUUAGAAAGAACUCUGUCAAGUGAGCCAGUUCAGGAGACAGCUUCAUGCAAAACACAGGCUUAUUCCCAAGAAGGAAAACCUGGAGAAAGCAGAUGCAUUUGGGAUAAACUGUUGCAGUCUGUGGAAUCUUCUCAAGAUUUGAUGAAUGAUUUGAAGUUACAUCUGGACCCAAAGAGGGAUCUUGGUGGAGAUUAUUGUUCAUUAGCAAGUGCAUUUGGAAAAAACAUGAAGUAUAUAUGGUUUAUGGAAUCAAAACCAAGUCCUUUUGAGCAACUGAUAAAAGAUUGCCGUCCGACUUUAAGAGAGCUCAAAAAUGCAUUAAAUAGUAAUAUGGUCAAAAGAAGAGAUGUUUCAGACAUAGUGGAGAAUUGGGUUGAAAAGGAGGGUUGUGAGUGUCAAGAAUGUUGUUGUAUUCGUUAG